UCUUGUAUUGAGUGGUAUGGCGGCCCGGGGCACCUCAGUGUCUCUGUGACUGUGGUCGCGGGUGGAUGUGUUGCUGGAGUCCUCCUGCUGCCCCUGUCGCCUGCUCCAGCUAUAGUCCCAUAUCCUAAGCCUGCAAAUAUAUAGCGUCUGAAGUGGAGAUGAGAGAAGCUGGCCAGUAAGGCACCGUCUAGGGCCACCAGCUGCGGCCAUCUUCUUCAGGGCCACCACCUGCUUCCAGGCAAAUUCCAGCUAUCCAGGGAACCUGUCGAUACAGAGGAAGCCAUCUUCUCUAAGGCCACCACCUGCUGCCAUCUUCUCUAGGGCCACCACCUGCUGCCAUCUUCUCUAGGGCCACCACCUGCUGCCAUCUUCUCUAAGGCCACCACCUGCUGCCAUCUUCUCUAAGGCCACCACCUGCUGCCAUCUUCUCUAGGGCCACCAGCUGCGGGUCAGCCAUCGCUGCCUCCGGCACACUGCCCUGUGACCUGUGUGGGCUGGGGGAGACCCCAACACCUCACACCUCACGGAGAUGACCAUCAUGAGAGAGGAGGAUCUGGAGGUCGCCAUUAAGGUGGUGAUUGUCGGGAACGGAGCGGUGGGGAAGUCUUCUAUGAUCCAGCGCUACUGUAAGGGUACCUUCACCAAGGACUACAAGAAGACCAUCGGGGUGGACUUCCUCGAACGCCAGUUAUCGUUGAGUGGGGAGGAGGUGCGCCUUAUGCUGUGGGACACAGCGGGUCAGGAGGAGUUCGACGCUAUCACCAAGGCUUACUACAGAGGAGCGCAGGCCUGCGUGGUGGCCUUCUCCACCACAGACCGCGACUCCUUCACCGCCGUCAGAAAGUGGAAGAAAAAGGUUGAGGACGAGUGUGGCAGCAUACCCAUGGUGCUGGUGCAGAACAAGAUUGACCUCAUCGACCAGGCCACUGUCAAGCCGGACGAGGUAGAGUCACUUGCACGCGAGCUGCGUGUGCGGCUAUACAGAACGUCUGUAAAAGAGGACCUCAAUGUUGACCAAGUCUUCAACUUCCUGGUGGAGCGAUACAUGGCUCUCAUCAAUACUUCAGAUGAAACACAUACCCCAAAAAGUGUAGGAGAAAAUAUCUUUGGCAAUCCUGGUAAGCUGAAGAAAGGAGAUACAAUUACAUUGGGCGGAAAGAAAAAAUCCAGCAAGAAACAGCUUAUUAAAAGUGCAUGUAAGGUUAUAUAGAACUAGAACAAUAGCCAAGAUCUCAUGAGGUAAAUAUUUACCAAGUUGUAUAGUCACCAGUGUGGCAAGACCACAUGAGGUCAUUGUAUGCAAGCUUAUCUAGACUAAGAAUAAAAUCGAGGUCAUAUAAGGUCAGUAUAAAGUAAGGUUGUAAAAUAUAGAUCACUUGAUUAAGCCGAGUACAAAGUGCUGGCAAUGAAGUAGAACAACAACACCAAGUUGGUAUUUGACUUUAUUGGAGUGUUCACUUCUGCCCUGCGGGUCACCACUAUGUGCAGCUUAGAAUAUUUGAAAAAAAAAUCAUAAUUUUUUGUAAGUUUCUAAUUUGAAUACGAUUUUAAAAUUGGGAUAAAAAUGAAAGAAGUCUAUAUACUCCUUGGGUGUACAGAAUUUCAAAUUAAUUAAAUUUUGACACUAAUUUCAGUUCAUAAAGUUUGGAGUGUUACACCUCAUCAAUUAAAUAUUUUCUUUUCUUGUAGAAUUCACACAACACAAUAAAUAUCUGUGAAUAAAGAAAAAUUCCAAAAAUAGUUUCAAACUUAUUACAUAUUUCACAUAAAUAUUUUUUUUAGCACAAUGGUCCACAUGCUCCACAACUCUUAUAAAUUAAUUUAUAUGUAUAUUAAUAAGGGUCAUAAUUUUUAUAAUAGACAGAAAGAUGUGAAAUCUUGCCUCAGUAGUUAUGUAAUUUAUAAACAAAAAAUUCCAUAAAUUUCUAUAGUGAAAAAUAUAAUAUGAUGAAAAAUGUCAUUUAAAGAUUAAUGAAGAUAUGUUCACACUUACAGAUAAAACGUAAGCUUUAAUAAGGUCUGCUGUCAACUUGGUGUUUUUGCAAAUAAAAAACAAAGUUAAUUAUGGCAAGACUUUAUCUCAAAGUCUGAGAUAUAUACAAGGUUACUGUCAACUACUGUUUACAGCAUUGUUUACUCCUGUGUUUAGGAAAGGUCACUAAAAAGUCAAUAUAUAUAUAUAUAUUAGUCAAAAGUGAAGGAAUGACAUUAGAGGUCAGCCCAUAUGUAAACCUAUCUCUUAUUUUUUUUUUUGUCUCUUAAUGUCAUAUUCCCUCUGAAUGGGCACCUUCCCAGAGUAAAAGUCCUCUGGAGUGAAUGGCCUGGUGUAGUCUCCUCGGCCCACUUUCAGUUAUUUAAAGAUUUCCUAAGUGGCACUUGACAAAAAUGCUGAACGUAAUAGCUGGCAAUUACCUAAAUGAAACAAUUGUCAAUUUAUUUCACUGAGCUACAAUGCGAGGAAGGACUGAAGGUUUUAAAUUACCUAAUUACAUCAUUGUCUUAUUGUCUUUCAAUGGGUAGAAUUAGUAAAUGUAAAGUUAUAAGCUCUUGUAUGUUUCUUGAUCACAUCCUACUCAAUUCCAUGCCACAGAAAGACAGCUAAUAAUACUUAUCACUUCAAGGCAAACACAAUUGUUGAUUCGUCUGUAAUUAUGGGAAAGUAAUAAUUUUUUCCAUAAUCUUAUUAAUUGGUAAAGUGGAUGAGAACUCUGCCAUCUUAAUUGAAUUUAAUUCAAUAUCCUUAUUCAUUGAUGCACUGGAUUUGUUUUCAAUGUGAACUUUCAACUGUUUAUUUUAAAGUUAGAGUGCAAAUUUAAAUAUUAAUUUGUAACAGGAAACAUUCUUAUAUGGAGGGAAGAUUUCAAUGUUUAUCACUGGUAAAUGUAUUAAAUACAUUACUCUAAAUACAACCUCAACUUGCUUUACUGUGAACAUUUACUUCUUAAGGAAGUAAAUUUCAAUAUAAUUAUUAUUUUUUUUAAUUGCAAUGAUAUGUGAACUCUUCUUCAACACUAGUAUUUUAUGAUUACAUCUAUGUACAGUACAGUAUAUGUUAGGAAAACGAAUACUGUGAUUCAAAUAAUGCUGAUCUAUCAACAUCAUUUAUAUAAUGUUGAUAGAUCUCUGCUAAAUUGAAUGUUGGGACUGUUUUGACAAUCAGUGUAUAAAGUCAAAUUUGAUACACAGCACUAAGACAUACAUUAUGGAGGUGAUGUGACUGACUGGCCUAUCAUAGUAUACCAGGACUGUCUAUGUUGACCAGACCACACACUAGAAGGUGAAGGGAUGACCACAUUUCAGUCCGUCCUGGACCAUUCUCAAGUCGAUUGAACUGUCUAAUCACUAUAUUAGGACCUAUUAUGAGCAGCCCGUCCUCCUAAGGUUUCCCAAUGUCAAGUUUCAAGAACUUGAAGU